AAUUGGUACAUUGCUAUAUCUAGAAACGGCGGGAAUGAAAAUGAAAGAAACUCUAUGAAAGGAAGUAUGACUGUUAACACAACUAACAAGUUUGAACGCUCUUCCUUUUUGAAAGUAAAAUAGUGCCAUCAUGUCGUCUGCUUAUGAUGAUCACCUUUCAAAAGACGGGCGUGGUGUUUCAGAAGAAGAAGUUCAAGAAAUGGCAAAACAGAAAGCACAUGAACUCUUUAGUGUGUGUGACAUUGAACAGAAAGGUUUUAUUACCAAACGUGAUAUGCAACGUUUGCAGAAUGAGCUCCCCUUGUUACCAGAUCAGUUAGAGGCAGUUUUCGAUUCUUUGGAUGAUGAUGGCAACGGAUACCUUACUCUGGAGGAAUUUACUGAAGGAUUUGGCAGUUACCUUGGUAUAAACUUCAUGGGUGACAGUACAAUGGAAGGUGACGAUACUCUGGAGAAUGUCUACGAAGGAGAAGAGAGACAAGAGGAGGAGAAACAGUUCACAGACAUGAUGGAGAACAUCGGGGCCAAAUCUUUGUUUGAUGAUGAGAACACUAUUAAAAAUUUGUGGAUGAAGAUUAGGAGAGAUGAACCAGAAAUGGUUGGAAAUUUUGAGGAGUUUCUUUACAAAACAUCAACAGAUUUACGCAAAAAGAAAGCAGACUUUGACACACUGGAGAAUGCUCUGAAAAGUAAAAGUUCUGCCCACGACGAAGAAGUAAGGAAACUAUACGAAGAAAUGGAAUAUCAAAUUAAGAAAGAGAAAGAACGCAUUCUGAGUGAGGAACAAUUAAAAGAGAGAAAUGUUAGAGAAACUCUGGAGAGAGACUUAGAAGAGAAGGAUAAACAGUUACAGGAACUGUUAAACCGACAUUCAGAGAUGGAGAAGAAAUUGGAAACAUUAAAUCUUGUAGAAACAGAGACAAAACAAGAAAACGAGAAAUUAGCAAAGGACAAAGACGAAUUAGAAGAUAUGUUAAUGAAGUCUCAGGUUGGUUUAGAAGAUUCUAAGAUGUAUAUAGAUCAACUCAGACAUCAACAGAAAAAGGAGAAACAAGACAGAGCAAGAUCUGCCAUUAAGUUGACUGAAAGCAUUGCCUUGGAGAGAGAAAGUUUAGUCAAGCAGCUAGACACGCUCAAGGAUGUAAACAAGAGGUUACGAGAUGACAAAGAUGAGGCAGAGAUAAGGCGGGAUCUGACGAGUAACCCUGAGACAGAUGACCUUGAACAGAUUCUGGAAGCAGAAGCAGGCAGGUCUGCACCAAGAAAAAAAGAAUUAUUCAAACAAGGUUCAAUCCUCGGAGAUUACUUCCCAACCAGCAGGAGGAAAUUUGAAUCAACAGCCGAGUCAAUCGAAGAAAGUUUAGACGUAGAUUCAGGCAAGGAAGAUGGGUAUUCGGAUGACGACAUUGAAUGUGAUGAUGAUGAUUUAAUUGAACAUAAUUGUGCUAAUUUAAAUAAUAAUGAUGUUUUAUAUGGGGACUCUGAUGAUAAAAUUAAAGGUAGUUACUAUGGACAUGAUUCUAACAUACUGGACCAAUUAAAAUCAAGUGAUGAAGAUGAGGCUGGGAAGACUGGUUCCAACAAAUCAAGACAAAAACCUAAGAGAAAGAUAGCAUCAAAGAAACCUGGUUUUCAUCCUAUUAGUGAUUUCCAAGGUAAUGAUGAAGUAUUACAGGGAACCAGAGGACAGCCUGUUGGAGCAGAUAUAGAAACUAAUGAAAAGGGCCUUGAAUCAACUGUUGCUAUGAGACAAAGGAUCUUUAAGGUUGUAUUUGUUGGAGAUUCUGGCGUUGGGAAGAGUAGCUUUAUACAUAGAUUCUGUAAUGAUAACUUCAAUCCUACAUUUAGUGCUACAAUAGGUGUUGAUUUUCAAGUAAAAUCUUUAAACCUUGGUGGACAGUCUAUUGUCCUACAACUAUGGGAUACUGCUGGUCAAGAAAGAUUUCGAAGUAUAACGAAGCAGUAUUUCCGUAAAGCAGAUGGAGUUGUUAUCAUGUAUGAUGUUAACUCAGAAGCUACGUAUACUAAUGUCAGAAAUUGGAUGGAAAGUGUGCAGGAAGGUGUUGAGGAAGGAACAGUUGUCUUAUUGGUAGGAAAUAAAACAGACAUAGCGGAAUCAGAAGCUGAUCGUGCUGUAAAGACAAAAGAUGGCAAUAAACUAUCUGUUGAGUAUGAUGGUAUCUUCUUUGAAACCAGUGCUAAGAUGGGAAAUAAUGUUAAAGAAAGUAUGGAAGCUAUGGCCAGCAUUCUAAAAGAGAAGGAGGAUAAAGAUAUUGAAAAGGCAUUACAUCUGGAUGAUACCGCUACAAAAAAGAAAUUUUGUUGUGGAUAGCACUCUCAUCUUACCUGUACAUGGUACUGAAGAUAGAUCUAAAUAAUUCCACUUAUCAGGGUUCGCUUGCACCGCUGUAAAUCAUGCUUUCUAGCAAGUUAUGGAUGGAUCAAGUUUUUACAGAAUUAAUGAGAAUAGACUCAAAGACAUAAAGAACCAAUUCUGAUAUUUUAUUGAGAAAUGAACAGAGAAGUGAUUUUGUAUCCCAGUUAUACAUUUAAAGCAUUCCAGUUUGUUACGAUCUCUUAGAGACAUAUGUGAUUUGUUGAUUUUAAUGAGUUUAAUGGUUGUUAAAUUGUAAAUAUAAUUCUAUCUUUGUACAUUUUAUUUUUUGAUUAGAACGAUUUUGUAUUUAUCAGAGUCCCCAUAUCAUUUAUGUACUAAAAUUAUUGAAGGCCAAAUGAAUAAAGAUUUGUUUCUUGAAUUUCAUAACGCAUGCAUACAUUAUAUAUAAUUAUAGUUGUUGAUAACAUGAAUAUUUAUUCAAUAUUUUAUUUAUUUGGCCUUAAAAUAUAUAUAAAUUUUUGAGUUGCUUUUUAUUUAUUGUUUUUUAUUUUAUUGACACUUUUACUUGCAUAUUUAUUUCUGUUUAGUUUUAUGGAGGGAAAAAAGAUGUAAAAAAUAAGAAUUAUUAUAUAUAUUUGAGAAAAGUUAAGUUUUAAAAUCCUUGGGAAGAAUGAAUUUUCAUACAUCACCUUUUGUGAUGACAUGGAAAAGUUUUAUCUAAUCAAUAUCCUCAUGAUAAAGAUGUAAUUUCAACCCAGAUAUAUCUACAGACACACAUGAUUUUAAGUCACUUGUACAAAUUAUACAUUUUAUAUUUCAUUAGUUGCGUAUUUAUCAAUACACAGGACAUUUUAGAAUGUAGUUUCCACUACAUAAAUGAGAGGGAUAGCCUUUUUAAACUUUAGCCAAAAAAAUGGAAUUAUAGAAUAAAAAAUGUAUAAUAUAUGAUUGAUCUCAUUUAAUUUUAUCAAUUUUAGAAGAAACUAUUAUUACUUUGUAAAGGACUUACUUACUUUUGCUCACUUUACAGUGGCAGAUCCAGGGGCAGGGUUCUGAGGCCCUUAAUUGAUGAUCAAAGCAUUUGAAUGGUUGGAACCAACCUUUAUCCUAAGUUUGGACCCCCUUCCCGUUAAAAAUGACUGGAUUCACCCUUGCUUUAUAUGCAACAGAUAGCACAUUUACUAAAGAUUCACAGUUAUGAAAAGUAAAUUGUUUUAUAUUUUGAAUUUAAGUUAUUAUUUUUUAAAGAAUUUUUCAGUAUAGGAAAAGUCAAAGCUUCCUUAUAUAUUAUACUGAAUUGUGGGUUCUCCAAGGAUAUUUAUGUAGACAAUGAAUUCUUGAGAAAUAUUACAUAGUUUUUGAAAAGGCUGAUAGAAAUCCAGGUAGUUGUUAGACUGCAUGUGCAAUAUAUUUUUUACUCACUUUUUCUUCUUAUUUGUAAUAUCAUAUUAUAUAUGAGGUUGGAAAUAAAUUUUCAAGAUUA